UUUCUUCACAAACUUUAACCUGCCGCUAUAGACUUUCCAAUUGGCGUAUUUCCUCGGCAAAAUUGUCCAACACAAAUAAGAAGCCCAAAUUAUUACUAGGGCUCAGUAUCCACAUCUUCAUCAAAAGUGAGGGAGAAAAGAAAGAAUUUUUUAUUCACAGAAGCUAAGCUAUGGAUUGUGCUGCGAGGGCUCACAAUGUUGUGUCCACAGCCACAAUAACCAGUGCCCUUUUUUCGACAAACUCUACAAAUUCCAGAGUUUUCACUGUUAAAUGCUCUUCGAAGAACCUCUCGUCGGAUGGUGCACCUUCUGUUCUGGUUGAAAGACCUUGGAAGGUAGCAGAUGCUAGACUUGUUCUUGAGGAUGGUUCAAUUUGGAGGGCAAAAUCAUUUGGUGCUCGUGGAACGCAAGUUGGAGAAGUUGUUUUUAAUACCUCUUUAACUGGGUACCAGGAGAUAAUAACAGACCCCAGUUAUGCAGGCCAGUUUGUCUUAAUGACUAACCCUCAUAUCGGGAAUACUGGGAUCAAUUUUGACGAUGAAGAAUCAAUGCAGUGCUUUCUUGCAGGAUUAGUCAUUAGAAGUUUAAGUAUCAGCACCUCAAAUUGGAGAUGCACAGAGACACUCGGUGACUAUUUGGCUGAAAGGAAGAUCAUGGGUAUAUAUGAUGUUGACACACGAGCAAUUACACGAAGAUUAAGAGAAGAUGGAAGCCUCAUUGGAGUCUUGAGCACAGAAAAUUCAAAAAGUGACGAAGAACUUCUCGAAAUGUCCCGUACAUGGGACAUUGUGGGUGUGGAUCUAAUCAGUGGCGUAUCAUGCAAAUCUCCUUACCAAUGGGUUGAUAGAACAGCCUCAGAUUGGGAGUUUAAUGAUAAUGGAAGAAAUAAAGAAACUUUCAAUGUUGUUGCAUAUGAUUUUGGAAUCAAGCAGAACAUACUUCGGCGCUUAGCAUCCUAUGGCUGUAAAAUCACCGUUGUUCCUUCAACAUGGCCAGCAUCUGAAAUCCUAAAGAUGAAACCUGAUGGGGUUCUUUUCAGCAAUGGGCCAGGAGAUCCCUCUGCAGUUCCUUAUGCAGUUGAAGCUGUAAAAGAACUUAUUGGAAAAAUUCCUGUUUUUGGUAUAUGUAUGGGUCACCAGUUGCUUGGUCAAGCAUUGGGGGGUAAGACAUUCAAAAUGAAAUUUGGUCACCAUGGAGGAAACCAUCCAGUUCGAAAUCUUCGAAAUGGAUGUGUUGAGAUCAGUGCUCAGAAUCACAACUACGCUGUUGACCCUGAGUCUCUCCCAGAUGGUGUAGAGGUGACUCAUGUAAAUUUGAAUGAUGGAAGUUGUGCUGGUCUUGCCUCCUCUAAAAUGAAGCUGAUGUCACUUCAAUACCAUCCUGAAGCAUCUCCAGGGCCUCAUGAUUCAGAUCCUGUAUUUGGAGAAUUUAUACAACUUAUGAAGCAAGAAAAAGUGUAAGGCAUAAGCCCAUUUCCCAAAGGCUGAAGGUGAUAUAUGUUUGAAGGAACCACAUUCCGAAAGAAGCCAGAGCAAUCCGUCUUGUUACACCUCUUCUUGCCAUAAAUCAAGUCAGAGCUAUCUGUCCCUCUUCUUUGCAAUCACAGUGAUGGAUAUGUAUACUUUUUGUUCAAAGGAUGUGACUUUAUCUUAUCUAAAGACAUACUUGGUUUGUGUAAUGGUACUCUUGUGUCUGUGGUCUGGUACUUGUAAUAAUGAAUACACUUGUUUCUGUCUUUAGCAAAUAUCAUGUUGCUUUCUGCCUAA